AAUUAGACAAAAGAAGACAAUUUGCAGUAUAGUUGAGUUGUAGAUGUGAACUACCCUGAAAAAUGGACACUUAUUAUCGAAAACUGUUGAUAGAUACAGAAUGGAGAGCAACUAAAUAUGGAAAAAUAUGUGCAGUGCUUCAUAGGAGGAAUUAUUUUCACCAAAUGCAAUUUAAGUUAUAAAUUCAUUACCUUAACAUCUUUUAAUUUAUUUUGUUGUUUUUUUGUUCAAUUCUAUUGUAUGUAUUUACACUUCUGUACAAAUUAUGUUAGGUCCUAAAGUGCCAGACCAUUGUGCAUGCUGUGUGCCACACCAUUUUCACUAAAAAUAGGUGUCUAGUAAAAACUUCAAAUGCCAUAAGCUUUUUCACUUAAACUUUAGACAUGUACACAUUUUCUUCAAUACAGUUAAUUUUGCUGAGGUUGAUAUAAUUUGAUAUCCAUAUCACAUCACAGUAAUGGGAAAUUACAUGUAGCACUCUCUCAAAAAACCCUCUACGAAUCUCAUGUGUCAAGAAAAGUCAUUUGCGUUGUGCUGACAUACUUGGUAUGUCGUAUAGGCACCUGACCGAGGGGCCAAAAUCAUAAGAAACUGAGCACAUCAUAUAUAAGCAUUCAAGAGGUUAACUUGCCAAAAUGUAUGUUUUAUAAUUUAAUUUGCUUAUUUAAUUUGUUGUCAACUAUUUAUUGAAAACAAAUACAUGUAGGAUGUUCAUGAUGUGUUACUGAAGUCGUCUUGUCUGUUUCUAGGCUGAUAAGCUGUUAUCCAUGGACUUCAAGGGAAUGUUAGAAGACAUAAUAAGUUUCCUCCCUCCUAGCAGACAAAUUCUUCUUUAUUCUGCUACGUUUCCCAUAUCAGUAAAGGAAUUCAAGGACAAACAUUUGGAAAAAGCUUAUGAAAUUAACCUCAUGGAGGAGCUGACCUUGAAGGGAAUCACUCAGUAUUAUGUAUUCCUUGAGGAGAGACAGAAAGUGCACUGUCUGAAUACAUUAUUCUCCAAGCUUCAAGUGACUCAGUCAAUAAUAUUUUGCAACUCAGUCCAACGUGUUGAAUUGUUGGCCAAAAAGAUUACAGAGCUGGGUUAUUCCUGUUUCUUCAUUCAUGCAAGGAUGGACCAGAGUCACCGAAACAGGGUGUUUCAUGAUUUCAGGCGAGGAGAGACAAGGACUCUGGUCUCUUCAGAUUUAUUCACUCGUGGAAUUGACAUUCAGUCAGUCAAUGUUGUGAUCAACUUUGACUUUCCCAAAAAUUCGGAGACGUAUUUGCAUCGCAUUGGUCGUUCAGGUCGCUUUGGACAUCUUGGUCUUGCUAUAAAUCUUCUCACUCGUGAUGACAGGUUUGAGUUGUACAAGAUUGAACAGGAGCUGGGUACAGAGAUUAAACCUUUCCCAGUGGUUGUAGACAAAAAACUCUAUGUGGCAGAGUUUCAGCAACAACCAGACGACGAUGACUAAGUAGACAAAUUCUGGUAGGAAAACUCUAAACAUGUUUACACUAACAAGACAAGAACUGGCCAGAGAAAUUUACAAUAAUUAAUUGGAAGCAAGAGAUAGUCCAAGAUUGAUUAAAGAUACUUUUAGUGUUACAUAAAAUUAAUUAUUGUAAGUUUUAAAGCCCAAGCAAUCAAGAUUGUGCCAAGUAGUAGAGGAAAUGGUUUUUUUUACAAGCGGUUUGGGACAAAGUUUCUGUAAAAGCUCAAACAAGGAUUCCUUUUAUUGUUGAAGUAAUUGUAGUUGUUACAAGGGAUAUUCCUGCUACUGAGCACCAAACCUUGUUUCAGAUAACUUGUUUUUGUAUGGAGUAUUUUCCUCAUACUCUUUAUAAAAACUUGAAACUAUUUGGCAUAAAUUAAAAAAAUUUGAUGGAUUCAUAGUUAGUGAAGAAGGCCAAAGCAUGUGUCAUAAAAAGGUUUUUUAGUAUGCACAGUUGCCUGCACUAUAUUUUGAGCAUCAUUGUAAUAGGGAUUUGAAACGCUUGGUAUGUUGCUAUGAACACUUGUCAAAAAACAGCACUUGUUAGCCAGACUGCAAAUAUUGAGUGAGUAUAAAGGAAAUCAUUUCAUUUGUUGUUAAGGACUUGCUUCCUUUCAGUGGUAUUUGAUGACUGUGCUAGGUGUUUUCAGGCCUGUAUGCUAGACAAGUUUUAUUCAGUGAAGAAACCAUAAACUUGAUGUGGUUCUCAUUGUAAAUGAUUGAGGAACCUACCAGUUGAAAAAAGGCAUUUUAAAGAUCGUUGUGUAUUUGCAACGUCUAUUUUCGCCUUGGCCACAAUGACGUUAGCUAGCCAUGCAUACAUUUCGUGUAAUGCCUUGUUAGUUUUAGUUUUCCUACCAGAGUUAGAACAAGCAAGAAGCUCAGAUGGAGCAAGUUGUUCUGUAAGUUCAUUUACCAAAGAUAUUAGUAUUUAUGCCUUUCUGAUAUUCAGAGAGACAAAUAGUAUGUGUACUCAUGUGGCGUACUUUGUAAAGUGCUGUGCAGUGUAUAGGUCAAGCUCAUUCACUGUCAUCUUAUAUCGGCUUGUCGACUUCCUUGGAUGAGUGUGAGACACUGCAAAUCACAUUAAGAAUGUGAUGUUAAAAGUAAACACUCCAUAGAUUAUAAAAGUCAAGAUUUUUUAGAAUCAUCCUCAGCAAUAUGCAAUUGUUAUUUCAAUGAGUUGCUCAUUUGACAGUAGGAAUUGAACAACCACAGGAGGAUGAAAAGAAUUCUGUGAUUUCUCUUCAAAGUGAUAUUUCCAUGGUAGUGCUAAAAAGCAUGAACAUCCAGUGAUAAUCAGUUGAUUUGUGUGGAAUGUGUAACCACAGCUCCCAUGCCAAAAUUUAUGAGGAAAUUUAUUGUUGACAAUACGAUCCAAAAUUACCACUAGUUCAAGGAAUUAUAUUGCAGAAAAGUCUUGCUUGAAUGCUUGUUGUUUUUGUUUUCUGAGUCUCCAGUUUGUACAUUGUUUAUUGUUGUUGAAGAGGAUGACAGUGAGUGGCUAGUCAUGUUGUUGUGUAAUCUGUAAAUCAAAAUCUUGUCUAAUGUAAAGGAGCUCCAAGCGUGUGGGAUGACUGGAUGGCAGAGAACAGGUUGUUGUGAAAGUGUCUGUAAUGUUGUUCCUCUGGUAAUGUGCUGUGGCUUCUUAGGUAAGAAGUCUGGUUUUUAAGCCAGAGUUAAGACAAUCAAGUGUCUUAAAUGCAAAGUAGUAAUAAUUGCAUUGAUGCUGGAGUGCAUGGAUGCAGUGAGUAUAGUGAAGAUUUUGUUGAAAGUACCACUUACCUGACACAAUUUGUUGUCUGCAAGAAUUACAUUUAAUUGUCGGCCAAGUCAGUGCAUGUAAAAGUAUGUUUUAGGCUUGGUUACAAAUAUACUCCGGAAUGUUUGAAGAAAGAAAGCAGUAUUGCUACAUUAGGGGUUGUUUUGCACAUCUGAUGUCACUCUAAGCUUAUUUUUACAAGCACUCAUUUUUUAAUGGUGGCAAUCUUUUGCAAUACAGCACUACAUUAUUGAGCAGUAAGGCUUUGCAUGAGCAAAAUGACUAAGACCUUUGUUUUUGCCCUCCAUAUCUGCUUUUUAGGCCUGAUUAUUUCCCUUAAGUAUUUUUAGGCCCAUAUAUAAGGAAGGCAAGGCCAUAGUACAUAGGAUACAAAAUGAGUAGGCAACAGGGCUGUGGGGUAUGUCAAAUUAGAGCCAGAUUUACAGGUCAUCAGAGUACAUAAGUGAUCUCUCAGCUGAUUCUCCAAAAUAGCUCUACAAGAAUCAUUUGGAGACCUGUGUGGAGAAUUUAAAUUGACAUCAGGAUUUGAAAGUUCAAGGAGAGUUUACUGUUAGUAGCGUGAAGUUGUUAGGAGCUUCUUACCACAUUAUCCUUCAUGUAUUGCUAGUGAUUAUUUAUUUGUUAUAAACCUGUACAUAUGUAUAUAAUACAAAUUAUAAUUGAGUUGCAGGAUUUAUUUUCGAAACGAUAGAGGGUGGUGAUGACAAGUAAGGUACUUGUUAGGGAGAGUUACACUGUAAAAACAGUGGUGAGAAAAGUUGGAUCAAACCACAUAAAACAGAACUUGUAACAAUUUUAAGUUGUGUAAAGUGGGGUUUAGUAAACCUGGAAAUAGUGGUAGGCUUGAAUUUCUUCAGGGGAGUUGUCAAAGAUGACCUCUCAUAAAGUGUGUGUUAACUGGGUUCAAAGUUUAUAUUCUACAAGCAAUCCAUGCUCAGUACCAUUUUUUUUGUCGUGUUGUCUCUUUUUUUCUUCCCUACAAGUUUGUAAGUUUUGUUUUUUGUGGUUUGUAUUUUCUAUAAAAAAUUACUUCUUUGAGAACAAAGAUUUCUUUUCAGCCUGUCGCUUUUGUGAUUUCGUUACCCUGAAAAUUAGAGCAGAUUUCAAACUGCCGUCUUGGCCACAAUAAUCACUCUGAAGUGAGUGGUCAAUCUCACAGCAGAAAAAUUGUCAUGAGACUGUGUGAUUGAUGCAUAGUGUGGGUGCGACACUGACCGGAAAUAAGUAUGUGUGAAACAAUGUGAAACAUAGGAAUAUUCUCAAAACAUUUUUUUUUUUUUUUGCAAAAGGCUUGUCAAGUGUUCUAUUUUAAGGACCUUUGGUCCAGACCCAUCUAAAUUUGCAGAGUUAAAUUUUGUUAUUAUACACUUAAGACUGUAAUCUCUUGUAUUCGGUGUAGGUAGUUGAAGGCUGAAAUUAAAAUCCUUAAAGACUGUUCUCAAUGUUUUUGUGUGGAGUUGACACCAUCUGUCACUGAGUUGUUCAAAAGUAAACUGAUGGCAUUGGCUGUUGGUUGUUCCCUCAGACAGACCUGUUCUCCACACAAAACAACAUCUAUAAAAUAAAGUUAUGAAGAAAGCCACAAAGAGCAAACUUUAUUUUUAUAUUGACAACUUGGCUGUAUGUAAAAUGAGAUUUUACACAGUCAAGGACAAAGCGUAGUAGAUAAGAACAAGGAAACAGGUCUAUUGUAUAGCUUUUACUUUGAACUGAAAUUUGGUGUAAACAGUAGCCUCAUAGGGAUUGUGAGCAUGCAGGCUGGAGUGUUAGUCUCUUCCCAUUCAAUUAUGCUUAAAGAAGAGAAGCCAAUGGAAGUUGAUAGGUCAAUGAAGUUUAGUUUGGAGUUUGAUAAAGACUGUAGCUCGCAAUUCAUCAAGCUCAAUGCUUUUGAUUGCAUUUCUUGAAAAAGAAAGCAGUGUAAUUUUACGGUCAGUUGGGGUGGAAGCAACUGGUAUAAGGACUGGAGCGAAGAAGAAAGGAGGAAGUUAAAAACUGUACAAUAGGCUUGUCUUUGUGAAAUUAGACUGGUUUUCCAGAAAUACAAAUCAUGAUAAUUAUAUGAAUACUCAAGUCAUACACUGUGUCAUCUAUUGUAUUGCUGUUUUCCUUGUCAUCAAGUUUAUUUGAGGCCAUCUGGUAAGGUGUAAGUUUAGGAAAGAAAAAUUGGCUGAAAUUUCCUUAUUCUAACAAAUGACCAUACAAGCAGCAUUUGAACAAUCAACAUACACAGAAAUAAGCAUUAAUACUCUGUAUUUUUAGCUACCUUUGUAGUUUUUUGUAUUUCUGGAAAAAAGAUAACCCUGACAUUUAAGUAGGUCUAGAGUCAGGAUUACCAAUGAUCGAGUGUGACUGAGGUUAUAGUAAGUAGACGAAGCUUGUCAGUAAUUUCUGACAAGACCUUAAUCAUCAGCACACAGGACUUCUUAAAAAGUCCAAACAGAUUAUUCUGGAGGGGAGGCACUUGCAUUUGAUGCAUUCUGCAUAACAGACUAAGACCUUGAAGCUCCAAACACGAAACUUAGAAUUGUUUGUGACAAUCGUUGUGUGUAUUUGUGUUGUUAUUCACGUGUCACUGUAUUACACAAAUACACCAUUCUAGCAUGGGUUUGUACAAGAGUUAGUUUACUGUUUGAGCUUGAAGGUCUGUUUUGUUGUAUCCUCUCUCCUAUGUGAGCGAGUAGAACUAAAUGCAGUUUCUUGCAUCCCUGUAAUCAAUAAGCAUAGUGUAAUCUGUUUCAUUUCAUCUACAUCUAAGAAAUGAAUUUAUUUUGUUCUGACAGUAGUACUUAUAUCAUCAAGUUAAUGCAAAUAACAUCUGCAUUGUACUAGAAUGUUAGAAUUGUAGUUCCAUUUUACAUGGAUUAUUUUGUCAUCAGGCGUGCUUGUAGGUGUUACUCACCGAGAGCGUAAGGAGAACAGUGUUUGUGCUCCAAGGUGCUAGCUCACACAACAUUUUUGUAGGGUGCAUUUCCAAGCUGCAGCUUUUACUGAUGGGUUAUUAAUUUUUGUCAACAACUCUUUCGAUCUAGCUUUGUUGGAAAUCUGCCUUACUGAAGUGAUCAUGUAGUCAGCACCUAAUGUAUUUCAAUUCAAAUGUGUUUAAAGUAACGUGUUACAUAGUUUAGUCUGUUAGGCACUUGUAGACCUAUUGCAAGUGAUGUAUUUGUCGUUAUGACCUUUGUCCUAAAGUCUUGUUGGCUAAGCUUUAUCCUCAAAAGGGCUGGUGUUGUGCUUGAAUAUUUUUGAGGAAAAACUUUAUUUCUUGAAAAGAUCUUCAGCAUCUCACAAGUGAGACAUGUAUGUUACUAAUUCACAGAUUAUUUUGCAAAGGUUAAUCAAGUGGUCUUGCAUGUGUUUCAUAUUUUGCACAUAAUUUGUGCUUAAAAGUGUCUUAUUCUUUUUCAGUAAUAUUGAAAUUACUUCAGUCUGUGUUUGUUUAUGUGUUCAUUGGUUUUAUUGUUGUUUCAGCUUAGUGACCCUUCAGCUGGGAUAGUAUUUUUCAGUUUAGUGCUCGCAGAACAGUGUGACUUCUCUUUGGGCAAAGCAUUAGUAUCAGGCAGGAACAAUGUUGAUCUGUGAAAUUAUUGCUUUUGUUUUGUGUCUAGUGAUGAGGCUGCCCAUAUAUUUUCCAGUUCAACAUUAUUUCACCAAUAUUAGUUUGUCACACUGUUCAAUGAGCAAUGAUUUACAAGAUAAGAAUGUCAAGUAAUCUUUCACCCAAAUCACUUCUGAAGCAAAUGCUGGAAGAACGGUUUCUUAACUGUUCUUUGUAAAUGAGAAAAACCAGACAAUCGUUCUUUGGUGAGCAUUAUGGAUGUUGCUAAUACUUGAUCUGGGUGAGAGAUUAGUUUGUAGGAAAAGUUUAAAAAAGAUACACUCAUUUGGUUUCAUGCUUAAUUGUCAACAUGGAUUAUAGAGAAACCAAACAUUUCAAAGUAGUUUAACCCCAUGCAAGUUUUUGAGGACUUGUGGACUUGAGUUUUGAGGAGUUUUUGAUUCAUUGUGUAUUGACAACUUGUCAUGGAGGUUAAAUAUAUGACGACUUUAUAUGGCACCAAAAAAUAAAUUAUCACAAAACCGUGGUUAUAGGAAUACGAAGUUCCAAAUGUCCUAAUUUUAAGCAAACCCACUGUUAACCAGUAAUUUAGAGUAAUGUACUUGUAGUUAUUCCGUAUGCUUAGCAAUAGUGUCAGUCAGGGUUAGUUAUUUUCUACAUUUGGAUAUUAGAUUAAGGUUUUACUUUAAAAGUUUCUUAAGGGUGUGAAGUAAUCAAGUGGGUUAAAUUGUCAAAUAACUGAUUUUGUUAUGGUGUCAAUAAAGUCUGAGAAAGUGUAGACAA